AUGGAUAUCAUGGAGGAACCACAAGUUGCCAUGGAGGACAUCCACUACCGUGUUAUAUACGUCAACCGCUCAGUAUCCGAGGACCGCUGCAUCCAACGAAGCGCAAGGCAUCUGGACGACACUGAGGGUGCCUGCAUGUCCCACUGGCUCCAGCCCCAAGAAGAUCACGAGGCCGAUCUUCAACCAACGAUUAUCCUCCUAGACACCCCUUACCAGCAGUUCUUCCCGGCCCAAUUUCCGAAUGAACGCAGGGACGAGAGCCACGAUGGCAACUCGUACGGCCUCUCGUUACUUAAGAAGAUCGAGUCCGAAGCUCGUGCUCGCCAUCUCUACGAGCAGGUUAUACCUGUCCCACUCAUCCAAUCACCCGACGCCAUGAACAACAUCAGUGGGGCAGAUAAGACGAGGAUGCGACAACAAUGUAUCGAUUUUGGGGCCAAGGCAGUCUUGUCGGGUCCCCUGAAUGCUAAGAGCAUCGCAGUGAUUCAAGACAGGGCAUAUUACGCUUACAAGGACGCUCUUUCGAGGAAACAAGCAUUGGCGGACGUGCGUAAGGGCAGAAAACGAUCACUGAUUGCUGUGUUCAACGAUACCCGGCCGUAUGGUUAUCUCCGCGAAUACCUCGUGGAGAGUUUGAUUAAGAAGAUCUGCAGCACGGAGGACGACAGAGAUAAUGAGAUCUAUAAGGCCAAUGUCUCGGUAUGCCCAGAGAAGCGAGCUGAAAUCUCCCGUGCCAUCAGCACAUGGCAUUUCGAUGCUCACAAAUUUGACUACGACGAGCUGAUAGUCGCAGCCGAACUCACACUAAACCAUGCCUUAUCCAUGCCAGAGCUAAAGGCAUUUCGCAUCUCGCCAACACAGUUGCAAAAUUUCCUCAAAGCUUGUCGGGCUGCUUAUAUGGGUUUUGUGCCAUACCAUAACUUUCGACAUGUUGUCGACGUUCUACAGGCAACUUUUCAGCAGCUGCUCCGGAUUGGCGCAUUGCCUCCUUAUCCAAACGUCAACGGCACUCAUACAAGCCCAAUCGCAGAAUCUCCUGGGACACCCUCCAUAGGUCCGGAAGAAGCCUUCACCCUUCUCCUUACUGCCAUUGGUCACGAUGUUUUGCAUCCCGGUGUCAACAACGGCUUUCUGAUCGAGGCACGAGCGCCUCUCGCAGAGCUUUACAACGAUCGCUCAGUCCUGGAGAAUUUCCACAGCACCAGCUACUGCCAGAUUCUCAAGCGACAUUGGCCGAUCUUUUACGAGAAUAGGCGUCUGCGCACGUUGAUGAUCAGUUGUAUCCUGGCUACGGACAUGGCCUUGCAUUUCGACUACAUGGCAAAACUCGGAAACUUGCAAAAACUUCAAGCUCAAAAACCUGAUCUUGACGGUUGGAAUGAGAAGGCUGUCGACGAGGCGAGGGUGCUAGUGUGCGCUCUUAUAAUCAAGUGCGCUGACAUCAGUAACGUCGCACGGAGACACGAUAUCGGUGCACAGUGGAUGCACCUGCUGAAUGACGAGCUUAUAUUGCAGACUCAGAUUGAGAUGGAUAUGGGUCAAAAAACGGCACUUAUCGCUCCACCAUCGACGAGCCUUGACGGCCGGAUCAGGUCCCAGCUAAAAUUCAUGGAAUUGUUUGCCUUCCCUCUGUUCCGAGGCGUGGCAGAUAUCUUGCCCGGUCUACAGUUCUCCGUUGACGAAAUGGAACUCAACCUUACUCACUUUGAGAAUGAACUCCUAGUCCCCUCGGCAGGAUCGACGAUGGAAAACCAACCUGGCAUCUCUAAAUAUAGCCCCCCGCCGAAAUGCGAUUCGGAGCCUCCAACAGAAAAAAGUGCCCUCGAUGGAAGACCUAACGGUGUGCUUCCUAGUCUUACGACUACCGACUUCUCCUGUGGAGGUGCCAGGUUACACGGAUCGAAUCGUCAGCGAUGCAGUGAGGCGACCGAAGGCAGCUCAGCACCCUGCUCGGGAGAGUGGGGUUCGCAGGCAAACAGCGCGACGACGGGCAAGAUGCCGCUCUCGCCUAGUACGCAGGGUACGAGCAUCAUCAGCAGGGACUCGAUGGACAAAUCUGUCGGUGUUCCUGUGACGACUGUCACAGCCCCAGACUCUCCGACUGCAAUUCCUGAGGCGACCAAGAUGUCUUCGGACCGAGAUCAGCUGCAAGUGAACGAAAAACUCGAUCAUUUUAUAAGCGAUGACGAAGAUAACAUGUCUAACGGAAACGGUCACAUGAAUGGCAGCGGAUCGACAUUAGGACAGGAAUAUCUGAAACCGGAACAAGACACCGGCAACGGCAAAACGAUGAGGAAGAAGGCGAGCCUGAUGGGUCUGAAGAACAAGUUUUCGUCCAAAUUCUCCUCGUUCACCAAAUCGAAAAAGGGAAAAACAUCAUGCCCCGCAAGCCCCGAAAGGUCAGCAGAUCCGAUGGGAUAG